AUGGCUGCCAGUACCUCUGGUCCCCAAAUCUUUGACGAUGCGAACCGAUCCCCUACCAAACAGUCCAUAUUCCGGGCCAUAAUGUCAUCCAAAACCCAUAAACGAAAUCAAUCGGCUGACGAUGCCGUGGCCCCGCGGCCUCUGCAGAGAAGCAAGCCAAGCGAGAACAUCCCUUUCUCAUUCAGUGAUGAGCCUGGUUCUAUUGCUGGCUACCGCCCGCUCAGUGAGAUUGUCCCCAAUCGUGAUGCGGGCGACCACGGAGUAGCCAUGCCAAAGAUGGGCAAGGAAGGGAAAGGUGCCCUGCAUAAGAAGACCAAGAGCGCUGUCUCAUUGAAGUCCCUGAGAAAUUAUAUGGAGCGGAAGGAUGGUAAAUCGGAGGAGACGCCCGAGCAGAGUCAGGAUCUGUCGCCCAAAAAGGCGAAAUCCUCCAAUAGUCUCUCGGCGAUCCUCAAAAGGUCCCAACGGGGAAGAAAGGAUGGCUCAAAGCAGAGUCGCGAUAAAGAAAACCGCAGCCCGACUGAUCUGAUUGAUGACAUGAAUAUGCCAUCCCCGGUCUGGUCACAGGACUCGGCCUCAGGUCAUAAAGAGCCUAUUGGUCGAUCGAGGCCGAACUCGACCGCCGACAUGAGUCGAACCGUGGCGGACGAAGUCUCCCUCUAUACACCCAAGGGCUACGGGCCAAGCCAGCAACGCAACUUCUAUGACUACCAUCAACCCUCCCUCGCCAAGUCGAACGACCCCAAGCCUCGGCCCAAGUCAGACAUUCUGGCAGGAAACCGCAAAGUGAAGGAUCUUCUUGGGUUGCAGCGCGCAUCUUCGGGAGAAACCGACCCUACUGGGCGAUCUGAUAAAGAGCCCAAGCGGCUUUCUCGUGUACAAGCUGCCAUCUCGGUAUUCAAUGCAAAGGAGCGAGAUGCUGAAGUGCAUCAGCAUCUGAACUCCAAGGAUCUCGAAAGCGAGUUUGAGAAGCUGCUAGAUGCGAGGAAUAUCCCUCAUAACAUGAGAGACAAGAUGCGCUCACUUGAUACCAAUAUCAAGGCCGAUUUUAUCCUGAAAGAUCGGACGGAGAACACCACUCCUCUCAGCGCGGGAACCGGUGAUAGCCGCAGAGGACGCGGCAAAGAAUCCAAGGAAGACUCCCAGCCUCAGGAUCGCAAAGGUUCCCGGUCACGAUCCAGGAGCCGCGGAUUCACCUUCACCAAGGGCCCCUCGUCGCCUGGCAAAAAGUUGCGGCGUGAUAGUGAGGCGUCAAGCCGUCGUCCAAGGUCUGUGGACCUUUCUCAGCCUGUUGGUGUCUACACCACUCUCUCGGCCAAUGCUUCAACGGCAUCACUUGCUGACGCGGCCGCUGUCGACACCGCGGCGGACCCUUCCGACUUUGUGCAUUACUUGAGAGAGAUCCAAAAGCCCGAGAUGGUUGAAGUUGGAAAGAUGCACAAGCUGCGUCUUCUCCUACGUAACGAAACCGUACAUGAGGACCAUGAGGACACCCUUUUGCACGAGGCAUUGCUCUGUCUGAAGGCUCUGUGCACUACAUCCGUGGCCCUGGCACACCUAAGUGCCAUCGAGGAUGAGCUUUUCCCUGCUCUGCUGCAUAUGCUCUUUGAUGAGGAAAAGAAGGGUCCCAGUGAGUUCACCACUCGAGGGAUCAUUGCAAACCUGCUGUUCACGCAGCUCUCUACUGCUCCUGCUGGUGAACUGGCGAUCAAGCGCGCCAAACAGAUCCUUUCUUACCUGAAGGACCCUGCUCCACCAGUGGAUAACCAGCCGCUGUCCUUCAUUGCCAACAUUUACCAGUCACGACCAUAUAGAGUGUGGUGUAAGGAGAUCACCAAUGUAACCAAGGAGGUCUUCUGGAUUUUCCUUCAUCACCUAAAUGUGAUUCCCCUCCCCAAGUCGGAGGACCUUUUCGGCGAAAAGACCCAAGUAGACACUCGUCCUUACAGCGAGCGUCACUUCCCACUCCCUCGUCCACCUGUUCCCGCUGCCCCAUAUGUUGGAGGUGUUGAAUGGGAUGCGACCAACUAUCUUGCGGCACAUCUUGAUCUUGUGAACGGCUUGAUUGCCGUCCUGCCCACCCCUGAUGAGCGAAACCAGCUUCGUGAUGAGCUCCGUGCCUCUGGUUUUGAGAAAGUCAUGGGUGGAAGUCUGCGUACUUGCAAGGAGAAGUUCUAUUCUUCGGUGCAUGAUUGCCUGCGAACAUGGGUCGCAGCAGCAGUCGAUGAUGGCUGGCCUUAUACCUUUGUACGCGAAGGCCCACCCCGAGCGGGCGAACCUGGCUCGCCCACCAAAUCCCCCAAGAAGUCCGCACCCGGUAGUCCUAGAAAAGGCCUGGUCGAUGAACGCCCUCCCCGGCUGGAACUUGCUCUAGACUUCUCGGACAACCGUUCAGCUGCCGGUCCAACUACCCCAUCAAGCGACAUGCGCAGCUGGCUCUAA